AUGCCGGAGCUCUCGCCAGAGCAGAGAGUGCACGCCUUCUUGUACGGCACCCCGGAGUUUGACGGCGCGUACCGCCACUGGGACCACCAAGUGCUGCCCCACUGGACCAAGGCGGUGAACCAGCAGCACCCCACCGUCGGCACGCGCUUCCGCCCGCCCCGCGAGCUGCACAGCCCGUUCUACCCGCUGGUGGGCCCCUACAGCAGCAGCGACCCCGCCACCGUGCGGCGCCAGCUGCUGGAGCUCAAGGCGGCGGGCGUGGGGGUGGUGGCGGCCUCGUGGUGGGGGCCCUCCUGGCGCAAUGGCAGCACCGACUCGCAGGGUGUGUCCACUGACGCCGCCCUGCCGCUGCUGCUGCGGGUGGCGGAGGAGGUGGGGGUGGAGGUUGCUUUCCACCUGGAGCCCUACCCGGGCCGCUCGGCGGCCACCACACGCGAAGACCUGGCGUACCUCGCCCGCAGGGUCGGCGCCUCACCGGCGGUGCUCAGGGUGGGCGGCCUCCCGCUGUAUUAUGUGUACGACUCAUACCACAUACCUCCCCAGGACUGGUCCCGCCUGCUGACGCCCGGGGGCGCCCUGAGCCUGCGGGGCACAGAGGCAGACGGCCUCUUCAUCGGCCUGUGGCUCAACAGAGACGAUGGCGACUCGCAGCUGCUGCCGGGAGGGUUCGAUGGGUUCUACACCUACUUUGCCAGCGAUGCGGUGUCAUACGGAGCAGACCCGCGCAACUGGGCUGGCCUGAGCAGCUGGGCCCAGCAGCACGGCAAGCUGUUCAUCGCCAGCGUAGGACCAGGUUACGACGACACACGCAUUAGGCCCUGGAACGCCGCAGCGACGCGGCCGCGGCAAGGAGGAGCGGUGUACCGGCGCUCCUGGGAUGCCGCCCUGGCAGUGCAGCCCUGGGCCGUCUCCAUCACCUCAUACAAUGAGUGGGGCGAGGGUACCCAGAUCGAGCCCGCCAGGGUUUUUGGUGACACCAGCGGCAGCAGCAGCAGCAGCGGUGGCGGCAGCAGCGGCGGCAGCAGCGGGAGCACUGAGUAUGAGACGUACGGCGCUACAGCUGGGCAGGAUGAGUGGCUUUAUUUGAACUUGACUCUGCAGUACUCGCAGCUACUGGCGCAGUGGCAAGGCCGGGGGCAGCAGCAGGGAGGCACACCCCAGGCGCCUGGUGCCGGCACGCACUCGGAGUUGUGA